ACUACAUAAAAAAUUCUUCAAAAUAAAAUUUAUGUAGAAAUAAAUAAAAAUUCCCGCGAUUGCUGAAAAAGAAAAUGUUGCAAAUAAUUUGGGAGGAGAGUUUAUUAAUAAGGAGCAGGCCCUUCUAGGGAAUCCGAAUAAUUCUUUCGGAUCUUUCUAUUCCACCCGCCACCACCAAACGCCAUCGCCUCUUUCAUUUUUUCCCUCCGGCUUCAUAUAGCUCGGCGGAACAUAACCCUUACGGGCUAGAUCGGUUCGUCCCACCCUAACCCAUUUUUUAUUCUUCGAUUCUGAUUUGUAAAGAUUAAUGGACGCAGCCGUGGAGAUCGAUGUUGAAGAGCUCGUCUGCCAAACCAGAGAUCUCUUUACCCGAGAUCAGAGAAAAAGCGAUAGCACUGAUGCGGAGGUUCUUCACGUUGGAUACCAGAGUGAUCAUCAUGGGAUGUGUGCAAUUUGCUUGAAUAAGAUUGUGCUACAGGAGACUGCUCUUGUGAAAGGCUGCGAGCAUGCGUAUUGUGUGACUUGCAUUCUUCGUUGGGCGGCUCACAAGAAAGAUCCCACAUGCCCCCAAUGUAAGCACCCAUUCGAGUUUCUGAACAUCCACCGUGCUCUUGAUGGAAGCAUACAAGACUACAUGUUUGAAGAGAGCGUGUGCCUUCUUUUAAGAGCAACGUGGUUUCGCCCUUUGGCAGGGGACGAAAAACCAGAGAUUGAUGAGUACACGGAUGACUUCUACCUGUACGAUGAAUAUGAAGAGGAAGAUGAUCUUGACGAGGCUUACUUAUGCAGCUCAUCUGGUGUUCGGUUAGGCAACAGGAGAUGGGGAGACAAUGGGUACGUAAGGGCUGGCAGGCAAGAGGUCAGGCCCGCCAACCGACCCAACUAUCGAGACUCGGAUGCUGGCCCAUCACGUCUGGCCCAGAAAAAGGAGCCCAGCGAUGAGUUGGUGGGGCGGCGGGCUAAGAGGGCCAUGAAGCGGGAAGCUGCAGAAAAGGCUGCUGCUGCUAAGCACCAAAAGCAUUUGGCGAGGUUGGGCCGCGACAAGUGACCCCACCCCGACCCCACCCCCUCUUGCACAGCCCAUUGUUGCCUGACCUCACUGAGAAAAUAAUGACAUAACAGUUUGUUUUUAGGUGUUUGUUUUAGGGAUGGAUGAACAGGAUCAAACUCUGUUAUACAAUGCUGGGUACAUUCUUAGGGUUAAUAUCAUCAGAUUAUUACUGUGUUAGUUUUUGUUUAUCUUGUGUUUUCAUCGUUACGUUCCUGCUGUUGAUAUAU